AUGUCAACAGUGAUGGAUUUGGAAUCUAAUAACAACAACAAUGAUGAACAUGGUGCCCACAGCAAUAAACUUGUUCACUAUCAUUCUUUGGAUUUCACAGCAGAUGACACACUUUAUGAUCAGGUUGAAGGAAUGAUAGCUGAAAAUUCUAAAAUUUUGAACCCACUUUCUGCGUUCAUGCAAUAUUACCAGGAUAUAUUCACUGCUUCUCCCAUCCCAACUCCAUCAAAUGUUUCAUUACAAAGAGUUUCUGCAUUGUCCGAAUAUGGUGGAUUGUGGAUGGUCAAUGAAUCACGUGAAGUUAUCCGGAUUGGACUUGUUGUUCAAAUCAGUCAAUUUGGUGAUGACUCUAAGUAUGGGCAAUAUAUGGAUAUGAAUGUAUACAAUUCUCAGAUCACCAUUGAUUCAUUCCGAAGAGCAUGUGCAAGAUUAUUCUUUCAUGAGGUUUAUACACCUGCAGAAUGCACAGCUGAAGUGGCAGAAAUCUAUAAUGCUCAUAAAACACGUUUCAAUGUUGUGCUUAACCUAUUGCAACAUUGCACUACUCAGUACAUUGAUCAAGCUAGUGCUACUGAUAACAAGCUCUACCCAGAUCAGGAAAUCAAUGUCAUAACAUUUGUGCAUUUGCAUGACAUGGGUAAAUUGCGAGCAUCAGAAAAAGAAAAAAAUUUGAAUGCAUUGAAGACUUCAGCAUCCAUUGAUGCUGUAGACAUUUGGCAUAGACAACUUGGGCACUGGCCUGAUUCAGAAGGAUAUAUACAUGACUUAGCAGAGAAACAUGAUCUGUCUAAUGUCAGAUUUCAUAUUCCUUCAGUUUAUGAUGCUCAAGGUUCACUGGUUCAUCCAAUGGAUUACGAAAAUGUGCUGGUACCUGGUUGUUUCGUCAUGGUGGAACUUCAGUUCCAUUUGUGGGAUAUAACUAAAACCACAGAUGGCAAAGCAAUAAACAGACCAAGUCGAAUUUUCUCAAAUAUGAUAAAUCAUUUGCAUGUAUUAUCCGAUGACGCCGAUGAUCUUGGUCUUCUGCUUCAUACCGAAGCAUUGAAUAGGGCAAAGAAGAUAAAACAGGACAUGGAGUCUAAAAGGCAGGCUGAGGAAGCUAGAGAGAUUGCCAAAAGAGAAGAGGUUAUGCGCAUUCAACAAACUAUGACAAGAGCUAAGGCAUUGUCUGACAUGAAGAAGAAAAGACUAGAAGAACUUCGAGGACAAAGUAGUGUGGAUUCAAUGAGCCAAGGUGAGUUAAGCCGAAAGCGCAAGGCUAGCCUUGGGAGAUCCAAUAAGGGAGAAUCACACAAACGUGUAUCUGGUGACAAAGUAACAGCUGAUAUUGAAGAUGGUAAGGCUUCUUACGUAAAUGUAUUCUAUCUCAUAGGGGGAGGCAUUAGGGGGAGGCAUUAG